AUGGAACGCACAAGAGCUGUCUUUCAGCGGGUAUGUGUCCUCCGCCGUUCCUUAAACUAUUUCACUGAUGGAACCGUGUAUCAGUUACGUCCCUCAUGCGUGUCAUUAAGUCAGGCCGCCUUAGAGUUACGUGCCUCUGCCAGCUCGAAAGCGAUACAGGAUGCAGUCGUCUCUUCCUUAACUGCAGUACACCGCGAACUUGUAGAAAUCAUCUCCAAGGACCCACAGGCAGUCGACGACAAGAUUGCCGAUUAUGUCUAUUUUCCAAUCGACCAUGUUUUAGACCAGUUCCGCAAGGUUUCGGGUCGAGCCCUCGAGUUGGCAUGUGCAUCCGUCUUUGCGCUGCUCCAGUCGGCAUGGCGGGUGAAUAUCCCCCCCGUACUGGCGAUCCGGCUGCUUGAUCGUCUGUCUCCUUUGAUGGACAAGGAAAAUGCCGACAAAAUCACAGAGGAGCUGGUCUGUCAGACCUUGAAAUGCGUCAACCUCACGUUCUCGGCCCUGGGAAGCAGCCCGGUUGGCUCAAGCAUCGCGGAAUCCAAGAAUAUUCCUCAUGUUGGGCAAGCGGUAUUUGAAGUGCUCCAGCAGAUUGAGGAUGGUCCGUCGGUUGAGAUACAGAGGUUAGCUUUGACAGCUAUCAAUACUUUCGUUCAGAUGUACCCGGAUCGCGUCACCCUGGGCACGAAGUUCUUGCCUGGUAUAGUCUCAACACUCAGCAAGGUACUUGCCCCAAAGGCCACCGGACGGCGGACUACGUCCGUCAUUGUGGCGUCAAUCCAGUUGCUUAGUCUUGUCCUUGUCCGGAUGUUUGGAGAGACUGUGGAGCUCGCAGCGGCCUCGAAUCAUACGGAGAUGACAACGUCCAAGGCACCAAACACCAAACGAGAACUGUCCCCUGAAUGGACUACCAAGGCCGUAUCGCAGAUCAAGGUUGUCAUCGGGAACGUUGUAAAAUUCCGUAGUCAUGAGCGUCGCGAGGUCAGAAGCGCGGGCAACCUAUUACUCGACGACAAAUUGUCAGGACUUUUGGAAGAGAUCGCCCACGAUUGGGUUCUCGCGCUUCCGAGGCUCUCACAGACAUCAGACCCAGUAUCACGGCUACGCUCUCUUGAAGCUAUUAAGCUCACUAUCGGUCUCUUUUCUGAUUCAGACUCUGGAAUAAGCAUUCUGCAGCAGUCACUCAUUACCAACCUCCUCGAGAGCACUUUACUAUCAAUUCCGAAGGCGCUGCCAAAGGCAUCAAUUUCAGAAGGAGUCUUUGGUCAUGCUGCAUUAGACAGCAUCCCAACCAGUCAUAUUCGGGGCUCGACAGUGUUUAGCCCUGUAUUCAGAGACUCCUCAAACGAUCAAGAUGCCCUCACGACGAUAUCAAGCUUCGUCAGCGGUUUCCCUUCAUCAGAACUACUGCAAAACAACUUGGACGGUCUUCUAGCUUCAGUUGAGUAUGGAUCUGGGGAGGAGCAGAUGGCUUCGUUCUGGCUCUCACUCAAUAUUCUGCGUGCGGCAAUCGAAUCCGAUACAACCCAGUUCCUGAAUAUUGAAUCUGAGUCUUCUCCUUUCGAGUCAUUAGAGCAGUUAUACGCUUUGUCUCUAGCUAUCCUGGAGGAAUCCGAUGCAAAUUCCUCCCCCUGGCAGCUCCAGGCGCUCGCGCUUGAGUGUAUCGCCGAACAGGCCCACCAGGCAGGCGAGGACUUCUCCCUCGACCUGGUGGAUGCGCUGUUCCCCGUGCUUCAAUUGAUCGGAUCACCGGUCAAAGGGCUCCGAGACCACGCCGCAGCAUGCCUCAACAUCAUCGCCGAGGCAUGCAACUACACCGACGUCCGCGAGCUGAUCGUCUCCAACGCGGACUAUCUAGUCAACGCGGUCGGCCUCAAACUGAACGCGUUCGAGACCUCGGCAGGCGCGCCGAUGGUGCUUCUGAUGAUGGUGCGACUGUGCGGGCCGUCGAUACUUCCGUUUAUCGACGAUGUCGUCGACACGAUAUUUGCAGCGCUGGAGUCUUUCCAUGGCUUUCCGGACGUCGUGGAGUUGCUGUUCGCGGUAAUCAAGGUCAUUGCUGAUGAAGGGGUCAAGGCACCGCAGCUGGAGAUUACCGCAGGCGGGGAGGAUCACCGUGGUCAUCCGAUCGAUGAUUGCACGUUUGAAGAUGUGCUGCUGAGUAUUAAGAAGGCGGCCAGGCUGGCAUCAGAAGAAGAGGAUGCUAUAGUCGAGACGAAGGGAAAGGAUCUUUCAGCCUCCAAUAUAGACCACAGCGAUGACGAGAACGAUCCAACUUCCCUCGGGACAGAAGACGACGCCGGGAAAUCAAUUUCAGAGACCAAGACCUACCGCCUACUAUUCAACAUAUCAGAGCUGACGCAACACUAUCUCCCAUACCAGUCCGCGCCCUUCCGACGAUCGAUCCUGUCACUCCUCACCAUCACAUUGCCUGCAAUCUCAAAGCACGAGGAUACUCUCCUGCCUCUGAUCAACACGCUCUGGCCGGUUGUGGUCGUGCGCAUCGGCGAUCAAGAACCAUAUGUUGCCGCCGCGGCGCUUGAUGUCGUGCGGACGAUGUGCGAGUAUGCCGGGAAGUUUGUGAAGUCGCGGAUACAGGACGAGUGGCAUCGGAUUAUUGGAGUCCUCAGGACCAAGACGCAAGGAGCCGUCGUGGGAGCCAACUCUGGAGUUGGGAAAGGUACAGACAGAAGUGGAAGAGACGACAAAAGCCUUGCGGCACUGCCGAGGGGUACAUCGGAUUUGUCAGCCCCCGAACCAUAUGUUGACCAGUCGAUGAAGUCAUUCAAGGAUAGCGCUUCGAAGCUCAUAUUGAGCAUUAUUGAGAAUGUUCGGGUCAACGACGAUAUCUUUGAUGAGGCCCUAGCACUCUUCUCGCACCAAUUGAUGGACCUAGAUAUUCGAAGUGUUUUCGAGCAACGGAAUGCCGAUGCUGUGUGGCUAGCCAUGAUACAAUUGGGGCAGAGAUCGGAGAACAGUCAUAUAUAUGAGGUGUUCAAGCCGGAACUGGAGCGGGUUCAAGAGCCACCGGGUGAUGGACGGUGGAACUUUAUCAGAGUCGUGUAA